AUGAUAGUGCUUAUUUUCUUGGCUUUGGGGCUAAGCCUGGAAAAUGAAUACACUUCCCAAACCAAUAAUUGCACAUAUUUAAGAGAGCAAUGCCUACAUGAGGCAAAUGGAUGUAAACAUGCUUGGAGAAUAAUGGAAGAUGCCUGCAAUGAUUCAGAUCCAGGUGACCCCUGCAAGACGAAGAAUUCAUCAUACUGUAACCUGAGUAUCCAGUACUUAGUGGAAAGCAAUUUUCGAUUUAAAGAGUGUCUUUGCACUGAUGACUUCUAUUGUACUGUGAACAAACUGCUUGGAAAAAAAUGUGUCAAUAAAUCAGAUAACAUGAAAGAGGAUAAAUUCAAAUGGAAUCUAACUACACAUUCCGAUCAUGGAUUCAAAGGGAUGUGGUCCUGUUUGGAAGUGGCAGAGGCAUGUGUAGGGGAUGUGGUCUGUAAUGCACAGUUGGCCUCUUACCUUAAAGCUUGCUCAGCAAAUGGAAAUCCGUGUGAUGUGAAACACUGCCAAGCAGCCAUACGGUUCUUCUAUCAAAAUAUACCUUUUAACAUUGCCCAGAUGUUGGCUUUUUGUGACUGUUCUCAAUCUGAUAUACCUUGUCAGCAGUCCAAAGAAGCUCUUCACAGCAAGCCAUGUGCACUGAACAUGGUUCCACCCCCUACUUGCCUCAAUGUAAUUCGCAGCUGCCAAAAUGAUGAAUUAUGCAGGAGGCAUUAUAGAACAUUUCAGUCAAAAUGCUGGCAGCGUGUGACUAGAAAGUGCCAUGAAGAUGAGAAUUGCAUUAGCUCCUUAAGCAAAUGGGACCUCACUUGUUCAGGAAGUGAUGACUGCAAAGCUGCUUACAUAGAUAUCCUUGGGACAGUCCUUCAAGUGCAAUGUAACUGUAGGACCAUUACACAAAGUGAGGAAUCUUUGUGCAAGAUUUUCCAGCACAUGCUUCAUAGAAAAUCAUGUUUCAAUUAUCCAACCCUGUCUAAUGUCAAAGGCAUGACAUUGUAUACAAGAAAACAUACAAACAAAAUCACUUUAACUGGAUUUCAGUCCCCCUUCAAUGGAGAGGUAAUCUAUGCUGCCAUGUGCAUGACAGUCACCUGUGGAAUCCUUCUCUUGGUUAUGGUCAAGCUUAGAACUUCCAGAUUAUCAAGUAAAGCAAGAGAUCUUUCACCGAGCCAAGUACCCGGAGAACUCUGA